GAUUAUCGAUUAGAAUCUUUGGAAUCGCGCACGUUCUCGACGUGAAAAGUUUGCCUAAAUAAUUGUGUAUCAUACGCGAGGGUGUACGUAAGUGUUCUUGAUAAAUUACGCCCGUUUGUUUGCCUUGUGUCGUUAGUAGCAACUGUCGUUGCUUUAAACAGAGAAGAUGGCAGCUUUACCGCUCGUGUAUAGAAUCCUUGAAGAAUUAAACCAGCCAACGUCCCAAUACGAUCAAGGUUUCGGCCUUGGAAUGCUUGCAGCUUUACUUUCUCGGCCGUUGCAUUAUCAGCCUAUUUGUGUAAGUGCAGCACCCAACAUAAUACAUAAGGAAGGGUUUGAGGUCAGUCUUGAUGUGCAACAAUUCAGACCUGAUGAGAUAUCUGUGAAGAAGAUUGAUGACUUCGUCGUUGUGGAAGGAAAACAUGACGAGCGAAAGGAUGGACACGGUUACGUUUCUCGUCAGUUUACCCGGCGUUAUAGGUUACCAGACGACAUAGAAGUUGACCAAAUGGUGUCAAAACUGUCGUCAGAUGGUGUGCUUACAAUAACAGCACCGAAGAAGACAUUGCCGCCUUCUGAAUCAAGGGAGCGUAUUGUUCCCAUCGUACACACAAAUCAGCCAGCUGUUGCACAGAGUGCUCCUUCUAGGGAAUCUGGAGAUAACGAGAUACAAGAAACCAUUGUGCAGUAAUUUCGUAAUGUUGAUUCCUAACAUGAAAUUAGUGGGUAUUAAAGUUUCUUUAUCUGCUUAGUAUUUGUUACCACAUAACUUUUCUUUUUUUGGCAUCGCUGUUUAAGAUUAAUCUGUAGUACAGUGCAAAUGCUUGUGUUAAGAGAUGCUAAUAAAUCUUAGUACGUUUAAUUGGUUCCUUAUGAACUUACAACAAAACUUUUGACAAUAUUGAAAAUAAAUGAAUUCAGCGAAAUUACGCAGAAUAAAA